AUGAGCUCCCCCGGCACGGAGAGCGCGGGGAAGAGCCUGCAGUACCGCGUGGACCACCUGCUGAGCGCCGUGGAGAGCGAGCUGCAGGCGGGCAGCGAGAAGGGCGACCCCACGGAGCGCGAGCUGCGCGUGGGCCUGGAGGAGGGCGAGCUGUGGCUGCGCUUCAAGGAGCUCACCAACGAGAUGAUCGUGACCAAGAACGGCAGGAGGAUGUUCCCCGUGCUGAAGGUGAACGUGUCCGGCCUGGACCCCAACGCCAUGUACUCCUUCCUGCUGGACUUCGUGGCGGCCGACAACCACCGCUGGAAGUACGUGAACGGGGAGUGGGUGCCCGGGGGCAAGCCCGAGCCGCAGGCGCCCAGCUGCGUCUACAUCCACCCCGACUCGCCCAACUUCGGGGCCCACUGGAUGAAGGCGCCGGUGUCCUUCAGCAAAGUCAAGCUCACCAACAAGCUCAACGGGGGAGGGCAGAUUAUGUUGAACUCCUUACAUAAGUAUGAGCCACGAAUCCACAUCGUGAGAGUCGGGGGUCCGCAGCGCAUGAUCACCAGCCGCUGCUUCCCAGAGACCCAGUUCAUAGCCGUGACUGCUUAUCAGAAUGAGGAGAUCACAGCUCUUAAGAUUAAAUACAAUCCAUUUGCAAAAGCUUUCCUUGAUGCAAAGGAAAGAAGUGAUCACAAAGAUCUGAUGGAAGAGCCCGCUGAGAGCCAGCAGCCCGGGUACUCCCAAUGGGGGUGGCUUAUCCCUGGAACCAGCACCCUGUGUCCACCUGCCACCCCCCACCCUCAGUUUGGAGGCCCCCUCUCUCUUCCCUCUGCACAUGGCUGUGAAAGGUACCCUGCCUUGCGGAGCCACCGUCCGUCCCCCUACCCAAGCCCCUACUCGCAUCGGAACAAUUCUCCAACCUAUUCUGACAGUUCAUCUGCGUGCUUAUCCAUGCUCCAAUCCCAUGACAACUGGUCCAGCCUCGGAAUGCCCGCCCACGCCAGCAUGCUCCCCAUGAGUCACGGCACCGGCCCACCUACUGGCUCCAGCCAGUACCCCAGCCUAUGGUCUGUGAGCAAUGGGACCACCACACCUAGUGCACAGAUGGCGGGGGUGUCCAACGGGCUGGGCACCCCGUUCUUCCGGAGCUCCUCUACGCACCCCGCGCCCCUCACCCACCCAGCCUCGGCUUCUUCCUCCUCGGGAUCCCCUCUGUAUGAAGGGGCCCCCACUGCCACAGACAUUCCCGACAGCCAGUACGAUGCCUCGGCCCAGGCCCGCCUCAUAGCCUCAUGGACCCCCGUGUCACCACCUUCCAUGUGAAGCAAGGCCUGUGUCUUAGAAGACACAGUGGCUUCUCUGUUGUGGCCAAGUGUUGAUCUGAUUGAUUUAUUAGGUUCCAAGUGCAGUCUCAUGGGUCCAGGCAAGGAACAGGCCUUUAUUAGCCUCACUUUAAGAUAAGAGGAGUAAACAUGGUCUGCCCUUUAUCACGAUCCACCCCACCAACCGUGGUCUGCAGCAGCCGUGUGCCUGGGCCCUUCUUGCUGCAGGUGAGUUCAAGUGCAGGAGCAGUGCAGGGGCCCAGCUUCACCACGAUUCACAGGAGCAGUUGUUUGUCAGGGUCCAGAGCGUUUGAUUUCUCAUGCAGCACGCAGAUGGCUUUGGCACGUCAGAAUCUGAACUCCACCAGCUCCCCUUCAGGAGAUAAAAAAUACACCCUUAAAUCUCUUCCUUGUUGCUUUCCAGUAGUUUUCAGGCCCUGUGGUGGCAGGUUUCGUAGAUGGAGCUGAGCUGUGAAGGACAGACGGACGUCCUAGGCAAGGGAAGCAGAUUUUAGUUGAAAUGCAAGUUUGCCUGCUCUGCCCACUAGAAUGUUUGUUUCGAGCAUAGGUAGCUAAUCCCUUGUAUUGUUAAACUGACAACUGUAUUUUUCUUUUGAAAA